UAAUGGACACCAAUACUUUUGUUUGGCUCUUUCUGAGCCUAGGCACCUGCCUUGGCUUUCAGCAUGCUUUUCACGUGGAUGCUCCCCUAGAAAAUCCAGAUUUAAUGACUGGUGAUAUUCUAGGAAUUGACAAAGAGGACUGGCAUAUCCUAGAGAAGGAAAAAAAGCUGUGGAUUAAUGGAAUCAUACCGUAUGAAGAAGAUCCCGGGCUAAGAAGCACUGUGCCUCAACCCACGCUUCAGGCGGCCUUCAACCAGUUUGAGAAGAACACUUGCCUUAGAUUUGUACCUAGGACAAAUGAAACAGACUACAUCAGGCUCUUCCCCGGGGAAGGGUGCUAUUCUUAUAUAGGUCGAAUAGGUGGUCAACAGCCUGUAUCUCUGGGUGAAGGAUGUGGCACCAGGGGAAUCAUAGUCCAUGAAUUAGGACACGUCCUCGGUUUCUAUCACGAGCAGAACAGAUCGGACAGAGAUGAAUGGCUCAUCAUCUACUGGGACAAUGUGAAAGAUGGAAUGGGGGGUCAAUUCUUUAAGCUGCGGCCAGAAGAAAACCGCCUCUUGACUCCUUUCGACUACGACUCCAUCAUGCUGUCAGGGUCCUACACUUUCUCCAGGGACUGGAGGAGGUUGAAGACGAUGGUAGGAAGGAAGAGCCGGUUUCUCCAGGACAUCACCUUCAAGCACAAGUUGAGCAAGAGCGACAUCCAAGGAAUAAACACGCUCUACGGUUGCCGUUAGUUCUGCUUCUGGAAAUCCUGAACUUUUAUUCCACUGUCAACAACUGAUAGGGAUAAUAAACUAAAUUAUGUGGUCCUUCAUUCAUAAAACAG